GAUAUACAAGCGCAUUAUAAAUUGGUGCGAAAAAAAAAACGUCACCACAGUCGUUCCUUACUACUGAAGUGGGUAACGCAGUGAGAGAAUCUGAAUAUAAUCGUCAACAUGAAGGGUUUUGUCUUGCUGGUGCUGGGAAUAGGCCUUCUUCAUAUAGCAUCUGCUGUGACUCACUCCCUGAAGUAUUUCUACACCGCAUCUUCUGAAGUUCCCAACUUCCCAGAGUUCGUGGUUGUGGGGAUGGUGGAUGGUGUUCAGAUGGUUCACUAUGACAGCAACAGCCAGAGAACAGUGCCCAAACAGGACUGGUUAAACAAGGCAGUAGACCCACAGUACUGGGAGAUGAACACUGGGACUUUCAAGGGUUCCCAGCAGACUUUCAAAGCCAACAUCGAUAUUGUAAAGCAGCGUUUUAACCAAAGUGGAGGAGUCCACAUUUUACAGGUCAUGUACGGCUGUACGUGGGAUGAUGACAGUGGAGUCACUGAGGGGCAUAGGCAGUAUGGAUAUGAUGGGGAGGACUUCCUUGUGUACGACAUGAAGACGUUCACUUGGAUCGCUCCUAAACAGCAAGCUGAGAUCACUCAGCGCAAGUGGAACAAUAACCCUGCUGAAAUGGCACAAAGAAAGAGCUACAUCACGCAGGAGUGUGUUGAGUGGCUAAAGAAGUAUGUGGACUUUGGGAAGAACACUCUGAUGAGGACAGUCCGUCCCUCAGUGUCUCUGCUCCAGAAGACCCCCUCCUCUCCAGUGACCUGCCACGCGACAGGUUUCUACCCCAGUGGAGUCAUGGUGUUCUGGCAGAAAGACGGACAAGAACAGCAUGGAGAUGUGGAGCAUGGAGAGAUCCUCCAGAACGAUGACGGAACCUUCCAGAAAAGCACCCACCUGACAGUGAUGCCUGAGGAGUGGAAGAACAACAAGUAUCAGUGUGUGGUUCAACUCGCGGGUAUCGAGGAUGACAUCACCAAGGUUCUGAUUGAGUCUGAGAUCCAGACCAACUUUGGAAAGACCAACAGGGGUAAGAGGGAGAAAGAUUAAAAUAUACAUUUUACC